AUGCUCUAUGAGCAAGAGCAACAAAGAGAACAGAAAGAAAGGGAAAAAGAAAGAAUGUCAGAACAGAGGGAAAAACAAAGACACGAAAAACUGGCUCAGAUGCUACGUGAGCAAGAGCAGCGCAAUGAAGCGAAACUAGAUAGGAUCCAAAGCGAACUUGCCGAGAUGCGGGACGCUUGCAAAGAAAUCCCCGAUCUUGUGCAAAGCUUAGCUGGCGAGAUGCAGAAAUUACAGAUAUCGCGGGCUAGGCUUGAAGACAAUGUCCAGACUUUAACCAACCGUGUGGAUAAUGUGGAGAUAGAUGCACGGAAAAGUAUUGACGCAUAUUUGGAAGUGCAAGCUCAAAAAGUAGAAAAAGAAUUAAAUGAAUGGCUAGAAGUAAAGGAUCGCGAGAUAUCUGCAAAGAUUGAAAGCGACGUAAAAACAGCUGAAGAACAAGCGACUGCGGCCGCGAGUAUACUUCUGCUAUCGUUCUUUGUUAAAAUCGUAGUAGCAAAUGAAAAUAGCAAAGCAGCUAAAUAUUUAGCUGAUUUUGGAUACCUAGAUAUUCCAUCAACAGAAAGUAAUCAAGUUAAUGUACAGCAGAAAUACUCAAGUUAG